AUGGCUACCCCUAGUGUCCUCGCUUUUGACGCUAAGGGUUGGGCCAUUGACUUUGACGUCUGGAUAGAUAACCUGCAGCUCUUCUUAAAGUGCGAUAGGGCAGACGAUCUCUCCCUCUUUGACCUCACCUCUGGUGCCUCUCCUGCCCCUGCUGCUGAUGCUGACGCCAUUGCUCGCUCCCAGUGGGCCACGCGCGAUGCUGUUGCACGUCUUGCUGUGCGUCGCCACCUCCCUACCUCUGAGCGUGCGCACUUUAGUCAGUACAAGAGUGCUCAGACCUUGUACGACGCUGUAGUUGCACGCUACUCCUCCCCUGCCACUGCUGCACUGAGCCUCACCCGGCUCCCUGACUACCUUCGCGUAGUCAGGGACCACUUCCUCGCAGUGUGCCCCACCACUCUCACCAUUGACCUCCUCGAGAAGGCCCUCCUAGCAGCGGAGAAGAGCAUAGUCGCUGUAGGAGCCUCUCGUGGUGACCCCCGCACCCCUGUCUUUGAGGGGUGUUCUCCCUCCCCCCUCUUGCCCUCUGUUGCUUCUGCUGUUGCGGCCGACCUCGUUGGUUUUGAGUCGGUCGGCGCUGCGUCUGCCCCUUCGGGGAAGCGCCGCACAGGCAAGGGCAAGGUGGGCAAGGGCGCUGGAGGAGCAGGCGGGGGCGGUGGAGGCGGCGGUGGAGGCGGCGGAGGGAGUGGGGGUGGUGGUGGGAGUGGUGGCGGGGGUGGGGGUGCCGGUGGCAGCGGUGGAGGCGGAGGCGGAGGCAGUGGUGGCGGAGGGAGCGGAGGCGGCGGUGGUGGCGGAGGCGGCGGCGGUGGCGGAGGCGGCGGAGGUGGCGGUGGAGCAGGUCGCGGUUCUGCACAGAGGAGUGGCUCAGGUGGUGGUCCGCGCCAGCAGCAGCAGCGCGGGCGUGAGACCCUGUCCCCUCAGCAGCUCCGUGAGUGGUACACUGCACGCCAGCGGGGUGGGGGUUUUGGUCCGUGCACCUACGUCCUGCGCACCGGCGACCGUGCAGGUGAGCAGUGUGGGGGUGCGCACCCCAAUCAGCGCUGCUUUGGCCGCCUGACGGACGCUUGGCGUCACCAGUUUCUGGAGGCCACGGAGAUCCCCCGCUGGGGUGAGCUGUCUAGGGCCGGAGUAGCUAUCUUUGAUCUUGACUUUGAUGCUAUCCUUGCUGCCAUGUAUGCUGUGACUAUUAGUGAUGAGGGUGACUGUUACCGGUGUUUUUCGCCCGACCCGGGCAUUGAGACUGCUGCUCUAGGUACUGCUCUAGGCCCCGCUGCAGACGCUUCACCUUGA